AAAAAACUGAACUAGCAGGCUACAGCGAAAUCGUGGGCCAUGACCGAGAAGCCCAGACAGCGCAGCAGCGGCGAGCACGCAUCGAUGCAAGACGAUGCACUGGACGCGAGAGAUGCCUCCACCCUCCAGCGCCAACCGACGCCGUCCGUUGGCGACGACACCGAGCACCCGCAACCGCCCAACGUCCUGCAAAUCGAGUGGACCGACGACGACCUCCGUGGACUUACAGAUAUCACGGAGGAAGACGCUCGACGCAAUGCACGUGCGACACAAGCUCCUCUACUCCAAGCGGGCCUCGAGCACCGUCACAGGCACAAGCCGUCGCUGCGCCUUGGUGCUGCCAACAAGGAGGUUGCGCAAUUGAAUCGCGCGCAUGGGGGCGUGUCUUUGACUCUUAUGGUUGCCGCUGUCGCCAUGCUCGCCUUUAUCACGCUCAAGGUAGUCCUGCACCGCCGCCGACGCUUCCAGCAGUACCAACCGAUCGAUUAACAUGUCUUCGAUACCUUCCGAUAUAUUCUACAGCGCUAUAACUCGUAGUCGAACCACUGGACAAAUGUAUUUUGCGC